AUGUGCUUUGCAGGGGCGGCGUACUGCCAGUUCAUGGAUAUGCUGUUCCCGGGGUGCAUCCUCCUGAAGAAGGUCAAGUUUCAAGCCAAACUGGAGCACGAAUUUAUCCACAACUUCAAAGUUCUGCAAGCCGCCUUCAAAAGGAUGAGCGUCGACAAGAUCAUUCCGGUGGAAAAACUGGUCAAGGGCAAGUUCCAGGACAACUUUGAGUUUGUCCAGUGGUUCAAGAAGUUCUUUGACGCCAACUACGACGGGAAGGAGUACGACCCGAUGCUUGCCAGACAGGGACAAGAUGUGCCCCCCGCCCUCAAUCCAGGUGAUCACUUUAGCCACAAACCAAAGAGAACUCCAGGUAACCACAACCAGUUUUUUUUUGCGGGGGGGUUCCAGUGCUGCACGGUCUUUGCUCAGCUUUGGAUGACGCAAAGGCACUCGGCAGGCAGUGGAAUGGUAGCCAUUUUAUUUAUUUUGCUUUGUUUUUCACUAAUCGGUACAGUUGAUUACCU